AUGGCCGCCCAAGCUGCCCCCGCCCCUGCAGAUGAUCUCAUCGAAGUGACAGUGGAUGGUAAACCGGUGAAGGUGCCCAAGGGCUCCAACGUGCUGCAGGCCUGCGACGCUGCGGGCGUGGACGUCCCCAGGUUUUGCUAUCACCAGAGGCUCUCCAUCGCCGGCAACUGCCGCAUGUGCCUUGUAGAGGUGGAGAAGAGCCCCAAGCCUGUGGCAUCCUGCGCCAUGCCUGCUGGCCCGGGCAUGAACAUCAAGACCUCCACACCCCUGGUGAAGAAGGCGCGCGAGGGCGUGAUGGAGUUCCUGCUCAUCAACCACCCCCUGGACUGCCCCAUCUGCGACCAGGGAGGGGAGUGUGACCUGCAGGACCAGGCAAUGGCGUUUGGCUCCGACCGCUCCCGCUUCACGGAGGUCAAGCGCGCGGUAGUGGACAAGAACCUGGGGCCCCUGGUGAAGACGGUGAUGACGCGGUGCAUCCACUGCACGCGGUGUGUGCGCUUCGCCAAGGAGGUGGCGGGCGUGGAGGACCUGGGCAUGACGGGGCGCGGGCGGGACUCGGAGAUCGGGACCUACGUGGAGCGCAUGCUGACCAGCGAGCUGUCCGCCAACGUGAUUGACCUGUGCCCCGUGGGCGCGCUGACGGCCAAGCCCUCGGCCUUCACCUUCCGCAACUGGGAGCUGGCCUCCACCGAGUCGGUGGACGUGAGCGACGCGCUUGGCAGCGCCAUCCGCGUCGACGCGCGCGGGCCGGAGGUGUUCCGCGUCACGCCGCGCCUGAACGACGCCAUCAACCAGGAGUGGAUCAGCGAUAAGGCCCGCUUCCAGGUGGACGCGCUGCGCCUGCAGCGCCUGUCGCAGCCGCUGGUGCGCGGCGCCGGCGGCGGCCUGGAGCCGGCCACCUGGCCUCGCGCGCUGGCGGCAGCGGCGGAGGGCCUGGCCAGGGCGCGCGGGCACGAGCUGCGCGGCGUGGCGGGGCGCCUGGCCGACGUCGAGUCGGUGGUGGCGCUGAAGGACCUGCUCAACCGCCUGGGCCUGGCGGGCGUGGACGGCGCCGAUAGCGUGCUGCUGGUUGGCACCGACCCGCGCGCCGAGGCGCCGGUGCUCAACGCGCGCCUGCGCGCGCUGGCGCUGGCCGGCGUGCCCUUUGCCUCCAUCGGCGCGCCCCUGGACCUGACCUUCCCGCUCCUCGCCGCCGGCGAUGUAGUGCGCGAGGGCUGGAACGGGUUUGCGGUGCUGGCCGACGCGGCGGGCACCGUGGGCGCGCUGGACCUGGGCUUCGUCCCCGGCGCGGGAGCCCGGGGCGUCGCGCCGCGCGCCGUCUACCUGCUGGGCGCGGACGACUACGAGGAGGGCGACGUCCCCGCCGACGCCUUCGUGGUGUAUCAGGGCCACCACGGCGAGCGCGGCGCGGCGCGCGCCGACGUCGUGCUCCCCGGCGCCGCCUACACCGAAAAGUUCGGGACGUACGUGAACGCGGAGGGGCGCGCGCAGUCCACCAAGGCGGCGGUGGGGCCGCCCGGCGCCGCGCGCGACGACUGGAAGGUCCUGCGCGCGCUCAGCGAGGUCAUGGGCGCGCCGCUGCCCUACGACACCCUGGCCGGCGUGCGCGCGCGGCUGGCGGAGGUGGCGCCCCACCUGGCGCGCCGCGGCGCGCUGGAGCCGCCGCUCUGGCUCGGCGCCGACGCGCUGGGCGUGGGCGGCGCCGCCGGCAAGCCGGCUGCCGACCCGCUGGCCACGCGCGUCACCAACUUCUACCAGACCGAUGCCAUCAGCCGCGCCAGCAAGACCAUGGCACGCUGCGUGCGCGCGCGCCAGAACCCUGUCCCCGGCCUCUGA